UGUCUGUCUAUAUUAAAUUCAUUAUGUUCUUAACGUGCCACAAUUAUUAAUGCAUUAAUAACUUUGUUGAAUGUCAACAGGUACAAGCCAUCUCAUCAGUAUUUUCUACUGUCAUUCUCUCAGGCAGAGCUCCACAAAUGAAAGUGAAGAGUGAAUUACUUCAAAAUGAUAUAUUAUUGCUUCCUUACCACACACCAGGUCAUUGGGUUCUUGCGAUAGCCUCAAUGAAAAAAAAAGAAUUGUUAAUAAUUGACCCCUUGUGUGAUGAGAUGAGAUAUGAAAGAACAUGCCUGAGGAAUUGGAGAAACUUCAUCAAACGAUUAACUAGAAAAUCCUCAUCUGAUUGGAACAGUAACAUUGUUCAUCAUCCCAGACAAAGUGAUGGCCACAACUGCGGACCACUCGUGUUAAAG